CAUGUUUGGAGAGAGGGGUCAACAUCAAGCGAAAUACCAUUAUUGAUAUGCUCCCUCACAGUACAAUAAAUAGUUCUUCGAGUCUCAAUAUUAAUCAUAUUGGAGAGCGACAAAGUAAUGACAACACGAUGUUCCGAUUUGUCGUGAACGCAAGCCUGAUGUUGGGGAUUAUGAACUUUUUAUUUGUAUGCCCACAGUAUCAAAAGUACAGUUACCAGAUCAAGAGUAAAACUCAGAGCAAAACAACUUCUGAGAAUGGUGAAGAGCUCAACAUUUUAGAAAAUAAUUCAGGAGAACGCAAAACGCUGUUUUCACGCGAUACGAAAUCUGAUGUUUAUUCCCCUGCUUUGAGAGAGAAAAGGGAAAUCCAAAACGAAACAUGCAACUCGGUCGAAAUAGAUUUAAACUGUAAUGAUACAAAGAGAUCUUGUCGAGAGCGUUGUGGUGAUAAAAUAACAAUGGAAAAUGCGACGAGCUUUUACUGCCACUGUGAUGAGUUAUGUCAACAUUACGGUGACUGUUGUAAAGAUUAUGCACAACAAUGCCAAGGUUGUAGGGUUACUGAACAUGGUGUCGACACGAACCAGACCUACAUUGAUAUCGGUGAUGAAAGGUGCGCCCCUCUUUCUGUUCAUGACACACAACGCUCAGACUACCAAUGUACGCGUGUUCAGGGAGUCGUGAGUGUGUACCUAAAAGCCAGUUGUCACGCGGACUUUAAGGGUUCUGCUUUGGAGAAAAAGUGCCACAGUGGAGGUGAGCCCUAUUCAAAUAUACCUUGCUACGAUGUCAUUAAAGGUACACAUUACAAGAACAAAUAUUGCGCCGAGUGUGACUACGGUGAAGCAGCGAUGUUUUGGAGACUGAAAAUCGAGUGCGUAAAUGGUUACCACUUGAACAGUUUAAACGUUGGAAACUUGAAUAUUCCUGGAAUCAUGGGAUUGUUACAGGGUUUAAAAAACAUUGGUCGAGGGUGUCAAUCCGAAUACUUGGAACCCUUCAACGAGGACACAAACGAGAGUGCCCUAGGGUCUUCACGUCCUUGCAUUUACACUAACUCCAUGUGUAAGUUUUGUGAGGACACGCGUCUGGAAGCACUCUGUCAAACCAUCGGUUUAGACCCAAUCGAGGAUUUUACGGUCCAUCGAAAUUAUUACUGUUGGAAAUGUAAUCUGAAUCGGGAAGUGGGAACGCUACUAUACUCUGAACUCUGUCGUCUUGACCAAUUUGCCGCCGACAGGAAGUCACAGGACGAUUUCCAAAUGUUUUCGUUUCAAAUUUUAAUGGACGUUAUGGGAGACACCAUCAAUGUAAAAACUCUUGCGAACGAACAUUACACAAGAGUAGCUGAAGUGGAUCUUGCGUGUUCUGAUGAUCUCAUUCAAUGCCGAUUGAAACGAUGCCUUGGCAACUUGAAACUCGUUGGAGAUAGAUGUGUCAUACAUGACAUUCUUGUGAAAGUAGCAAUCACAUGUAAGAUAUUACUUUAUUCAAACUUGUCAACAUUCAUUUCAUCUUAUAUCACUUCACAAAUUGUAUUGGAAGUUUUUCCACCGCUUCGCAUAAUUUUCGAUACUAUCGACUACAAGAGAGGUAGCAAGUGGCUGACCAGCACGUACACAUUCGAUGUUUUAUUUCAAGACAAAGCUAAUGUUUCGGAAACAAUCAACAAAACAAUGGUAGAUAAGUUUGAUCAAUUGAAAGGGAAAUUGGACGAUUUUCUUCUUUCUCACAAUCUGUCUAAUCACGCGGUUCUUAGUGGCAUUGAGUACAAUGUCCCCAUAGUACCAGAAAGGACAAAUUUUACGGUGGCCCAAAAUAGUUCAACAGCGACAGUUCGCGCAGUGUCAAGUACAACGAAGUCAGCACACAGCUCGGCCGGCGCAACACCACGCACAUUUAUAUUCCCGAUGUUGAUGUGGAUUUUCAUCUUCAAAAUCAAAAUAUUCCGCGGCAUAUAGACGAACGUGACCAGACGGAUAGUAAAAGAUAGAAAGAGAAAGUAAGCUAUUCGAAUACUAAAUGUUUUAAGUUUUAUGUCUCCAAAUUGUUCACUCUUUAAUUCGAAACUCUUCUGAAUAUUAUAUCUUCGCAUUUGUUAUAUUCAUUUUUACAAAUUCG